AUGGGCAUGCAUGAAGGGGCUACGGAGGUUUUCCAGGCCCUUGCAGUUGCGCCGCAAGAGCGCCUGGAAUCAUUCCUUUCCCUAUUCACGGAAUUGUGUCCCGCGGAAUGCGCGCUCCUCGCGCUUCGUGAGCAACAACAACAACAAAGUAGCAGCAAGGCGGCCACUGAUAUGGCGGGGGCGUCAUUUACAGCUGAAGACGGCGAUUUCGCAGAAAAUGUUUGGCGACGCUUUAGAGAGCGGCAGGAUCAUAAUGAUGCCAAUGGGACGAACUCUCACAUAUCAGAAGCAAUGGAAGGUGAGUUGGAGGUUGUAGAGCUCGAUGAAAGCACGGCUUGCAGGACGAGCUCCAUGACUGCAUUUCUCGAGCAUGGUAUGACGGAUGUGGUGCCAACCGUUGGCGUAUUCGUUGAAGGUUUGCAAGAGGAAUUGGAAAAAAAUCGUGAAGGUAAGGAGAUGGAGGGAGACCCCGCGGAACCUGCUGAAGAAAGUGGAACAAAUAUUCUGCAGGAGGUCAAUGGCGAGGGGUCCGUGGGGUAUGGCGGUGUUGCGUUUGAAGGGGGUCCAUCAAGUGACUCGGCGUCUGAUGCAGUUUCUGUUGAAUCUCAGGAGAGUUCUCGCUCUGACAUUAGUUUUGGAGACAUCAACUUACCUGGCAUCUCCGCAAGUGGUGAAUCCAAGGGUGAAGUGCCAACGCCAUGCCCUCAUGUGUUUCUGAAAGCUGAUGAAGUCAAGGGGUUGGAGGUGGAUGAAGAUUACGUGCAACCAUUCGCGUUGGAUCCAUAUUUUGAUUACGAAGCGACUAUCGUUGGAAAGUCCGUUAGGCUUCACCCCCGUGAAUUUGUGUGA